UGCACACCGCCGUACGUUUGUUCCCUUCUCAGUCACAAAGUGCCCAAAGCACCAAUCCGUUCCGAGCUAAGCCGAGCCACGGCGUGCGUCUACUCCCCCAAAAGUAACCCCCGCCUCCACCACCACCACCACCCCACCACCGCCGUCUCCGACCGCCGCUUUUUGGCGAUGGAGCCGUAACCAGCCUCACUGCGUUGAACAAGCGAGUGAAAGAACGGAGCAGAUACGCGGAGACAGCUGAGACCAAGCGGCUAUGGAGGAGAAGCGCGGGGAGGCUUGAGUCUAGACCGCACGCAAAUCAGCAGCUCCACUUGUCCGGAUUACUUUUUGCAACCUCCACCGAACUCUCUUGUUAUUAACAUUAUAACAAAAAGGAUUCUCUCUUCUUUCGUCUGACCAUCAAAGCCUAUCACUCUACAGCAAGGAUGCAGGAGAAGCAAGCGAUCUUUUGCACGGGAUGCUGGAGACUAACGCUGCUGUCGUGCGUCCUGGCUCUGCACUUGAUCCCGUUGUCUGUCCGCGGAAACGCUGUUGGGAUCAAUGUCACUGAGCCGGAUAGUGCGUCCAAUGUCACCUCCCUGCUUAACGAAGAGGAAGGGCCAAUUAAAGUCAACAAAUUUUUUGCUGUGGUAACUGGAAUAAAUAGCCCAGCCACCCCUGAGCCAGUUAGCACCGUGACCCCAAGGGCCGGCCGUAUCCCCCGUGGCGGCGAGGAGGAGGAGCAGAGUAGUGGCAUGUUUGGUGAAACGGUGGUUUCCACUGUAGAGGAUGUCAGUGUGGCCACUCCACCACAGCUCAGCCCCGACUCAGCUGAGACGGAGCAUCUGUUGCCUAGCAACCCACACAAACAGGGAGUUGACGACGGCAAGGAGGAGGAGGAUGAUGAAGAGGAGCGUCAGCCACACACUGACCCACCGUGGAUCCAUGCCAAGGACACAGCUGUGUUCGACCUGGACCACCUUUUCACCACAACCGCUGCCCCACCCCCAGCCGCCACUAACCCCUCUAACCCUGAUGUCCUCCACGUGGACUUCUUUGACCCCUCUUCUCGUGGGCGCAACCUAGACCUCGCCCCCGCCUCACCUUCAUCACUGGCCAAUGAGCUGCAAGGUGGCGAAGCAACCUCCUGGGCAAUGCCAGAUACUUACGACUAUCUUACACCCUAUGACGACGGUGUGUCCCCCACUGCUGAUGAGUACACCUACAGCACCACAACCGAUGCUUAUGACACCGAUGAAGAUCUCCGACUUGCUGCUGGGUCACCUGCUCGUUCCAAGCCACAGCUUCCCGGGUCUGGCUCAUUCUUCCCUGGGGGGUCAUUUCCUGGUGCGAGAGCUCCAGUACCAAAAGACCCUGUGGUAGCCCCUCCAGCGGCCUUACCAAAUGGAUGCCGUGUGGGCUACCAGAUGAUAAACGGAAGUUGCCGCUCGCAGUGUGACAUGCUGCCCAACUAUUGCUUCAAUGGAGGACAGUGUUACCAGCUGGAUGGCGUGGAGGUUUUCUGCAGAUGCAACGUCCAGGAUUACAUCUGGCACAAGGGUGCCCGUUGCGAGUCGGUGGUUACUGAGUUCCAGGUGAUGUGUCUGGCCGUGGGCGCCUCGGCUCUGGUGGUCCUGCUGCUCUUCAUGAUCAUCGUGUGCUUCGCCAAGAAGCUCCACGUGCUCAAGACAGAGAAUAAGAAGUUGCGUAAGCGCAGCAGUAAGUACCGGCCUUCAUCGGAGCAGCACAAUGAUAAUUUCUCGCUGUCCACCAUCGCUGAGGGCUCCCACCCAAAUGUAAGGAAACUGUGCGACACCCCUCCUAACGUCCCUCAUGCCCGUGCAUUGGCUUACUAUGAUAACAUUAUCUGUCAGGAUGAUCCUAAUUCCCAGAACAAGCUGGAGGACCCGGUGAAGGCCCCGCCCAAGGAGGAUGACUCCCUCAACAUCCACAACUCUCUGACCCCCAAACACGAGAACCACAAGGUCCUGGGCGAGGAGAACUCCUCGGAGGUAAACUCACUGCAGAACAACAUGAUGUGAAACAAAACAACCCCAGCAACCCAUCAGUCCAACAUCGAAAAACGACAAGGUGCGCCGGCAAUGGGUGCCCGCAAACCCCUCCCUGCUCGCUGUCCAUCCGCUGCCGUGUGCACCUAAGUGGUCCAACCAACCAACCAAUCAGCCAGCCUGCCAGCCAGCCAAUAUACCAGCCAACCAACACAGUCUGUACCCGUUUCCAACACGGCAACACUGCCACAAAGCGGCCCCAAGUCGCCGCAAAAAUCAUACACGACCAUCGCCGCCGUCACUGCCCCAGGUGAAAGUAACCCCACCCCCACCAAUUGCACCCUGCCGCUGCCCUGCAACACCCCCCUACAUCCAGCCACACCCCUGUUUCGCAUCCCCUUGUUACCCCCUUGUUGCUGUCACUCUACUGUCCCUUAUCUUUCUUACCUACACACACACACACACACACAUACACACAUAAGAAGCAUACACCCACUGUGAAAAGAUGACGACAUAGCCACACUUAUAUGUAUACAUACACACACACAUAGACACACCCUCCCCCUGCCUGCAUUGGUGUAUUUUGUAAAAAGAAAGAAAUCAUACAGAAGUUUAAAACAUACGUAAAACGUCAAUGUAAAAAAAAAAAAAAA